GAAAACGAUUUGAGUGAACACAAAUGCGAUUCGUAAGAUAUGAAGGAAUGCUUGCGAAUCGCAUAUUUUGUAGACAUUUUUUGUCGUUGAAAAUUAAAUGUAAACAAAAUCGCAUUUAUUGAUUUCUGUUAAAUUCUCAAUGUUAUUAAUUAUUUUACGUUGAUUAAAGUGUUUCUGUUAUUAAAAUAAAAUUAAUUGCACAUGGAUUCAGACGUUAAGUUUAAUUAUUUGCGUCAGAAGCUUAAUUUGUUAGGAUACGAAUACCAAACACUUCCAAUUUCGGCCAUAGGAAUUGUCUCAGCUAUCUUAGAUGACCUGAUUAUAACAACUGAAGCCUUAAAAGACUCUAAAGACCAAAUUUCAAAAUUACUUGAAGAGAAAAAAGCUUGGGAGCUUGGAAAUGAAGUUUAUAAAUGUGACAAUUCAAAAUUACUCAGUGAAUUAAAUAGACUUAAGCUCGAAUUAUUGAAUAAGGAGCGUAACAUAGAAGUCGAGAAUGCUGAUUUACGAAGGAAAAUAAGAAAUCUCGAAGCAGAUAAGAAGGAAGCUGAACAAAGAAUUGCCUCAUUAACACAGACAAUUUACCAAUACAGCCAGUCUGACAGAAUUAAGUCCAAGAAGCCACAAAAACCAUUCAUCUCGACUGUUCGAGCUAAUAAUUUUCUACCUGAUCCUGCCUUCAUCACUGACGCUAAAGAUGGCUGUAAAUGUUUAUCUGCAACAUCAAAGAAAAAUGUCACUCAAAAGGAAAUCGAAAAGCUUCGGAGUGAUUUAAAAUACACUCAAGAUUUAAUGGCGAUUCUUAGAAAGCAAGAUGGUGAGAAAGAAAGGGAAAUUCAGCGUUUACAUUGUCUUCUCGUUGGGGGGAGACCAACAUCAGCACUUGCCAAAGAUUGUUGUUAUUCAGGCGUCUCACAAAAGAUGAUUUUUGAAAUUGAAUAUUUGAAAGACAAAAUGAAAGAAAAUGAAAAUAGAAAAUCAUCAAGAAAUUGUGAGAUUGUUGCAGAGUUAAUUAAAGAACGCGACAUUCUACAAAAUAAAGUGCGAAUGCUCACAGAAUUUAGUGAAAAGAACCCCAGAAAGAUAGAAGAUUGCAACAUUCCUCAAUUAUAUUGUCGAUUAAAAGACAAAGAAACAGAAAUAAUGGCACUUCAGGAAGAGAUUCAAGAACUUCGAUGUGAAAGAGGGAAUCUUAAUCCAAAACAAUCUUAUUCGAAUCUUGCUGUUACCAACAGUCUUCGUCGUUUAGAAUGUGAGAAAGAUUGCGCUUUAAAUAAAUUACAAUCAAUGAAUAUUGAAAAUGAAGCUUUAAAUGAUAAAAUUCGCAUUAUGAGUGAUGGAAAAAUCAAUGAAAGUAAACGAAUCAUGCAACUUGAAGAGACAAUAGCAAAGUUAAAGAUGGAGAUUGACGAUUAUCAAGCAUCAAAAACGCCAACCUUUCAAACAAUCAAAAAAUUACGAGAAGAAAAUUGUGAUUUGCAAAUGAAACUUCGAACUGCUCAUGAAGAUUACUCAAAACUCAAAUCCACGCACAAUCAAUCAAAGAUGCUCAGCCAACAAACCGAAAGUGUUCUUAUAAACGUUCAAAAUCAACUUGAAUUCACAAAAUGUGAGUUGAAUGAACGAGAAUCACAAAUUAACAGUCUCAACAAAUCAAACGAAUGUCUUAAAGAUCAAAUUGAGAAACUUUCAGUAGAACUUGGGAAAAUCAAAAGUCUCAAAUCGACUGUGGAACGUGAAAAAGAAUUCUACAUGAUGACGUUGGAUAAAAGGAAUGAAAAGCUGCACAGUGUUGAAGUGAAAGCUGAAUCAGCAUUACAAAUGCGAGACUCAAAUCGUUUACUUAAAAUGAAAAUUGAUGAAUUGAACUGUGAGAUAAAACGACAUGAGUCGAUUGUUUGUGACACAACAUCUGAAAAUAAUUGUCUGAAGAAACAAUUGGAAGCAACGAAGCAUCAUUUGACAAAUGCAAUUCAUGAGAAUAGUCGAAUGGCUGAUGAACUUACAAGUAUAACUGCAACGUUGAAUGCCACCAAAAAGUGCCUUAGCGACAGUCAACGAGAGUCUGAAAAUAUUCGAACAAAACUUCAAUCGUACAUACAUGAAAUUGAGAGAAUCGACGGUCUCAUCGCUAUUAAAGACAACGAAAGAAAGCAAGCGCUUGUUCAAUCGAAAGAUCUCGAAUGUGACAACAUCAAAUUGAUGGAGAAAUUCCAAUGUCUUGAUCAAAAAUCCAGUGAAACAAAACGUCAGAUGAGUGAAUAUCAACAUCAAAUCACAAUUUUGACUGAUCAACUUCAAGGAAAAGAAAACGAUUUGGAAACUUUAGAGAAGCAAGUCAUCGACUUGUCAACAGAAAUUGAAAUGUUACGCAGUGCAAAUGCAAAAGUUCACGUCGAUCUCGAAGCACAAAGAAAUCUUUGCGAUAAACUUGACAUUCAAAAAGAGAAGCAACAAGCAGAACUUCACGAGUAUCAAUUACAGAUGAGAGUUGAAAAUUUUAAAUUCUUAGCUGAUUACAAAUGGGAAUCAUGCCACAUUAACAGCCCAGCUCCAAAUAAAGCAAUAAUUGGAGGAAGAGAUUCUGACGGUUCAGUCAUUUACGUUGCACGUUCACUUUAUUGUGGAAUGAAAAUUCCGGCAAAAGCGAUUCCAAGUAAACGUGCGUGUUACAUUCCUUUUAAUGGCCUUGAAAUUUUAGUCGAAAAUUUUGAGAUUUUGACUGGAGACAGUUCAGAAUUUUCGUGGGUGACGUAUAGACAGAUUGUUACCGAUGCUGUUGUAACUGAUAAAAUUGCUAAUGAAAACAUUUACGUAGGACGAGCGAAACAUUCAAAUUCAUUGACUGUUGGGAAAUUUCAACCAUCUAAACAUUUUCUGUUUAUCCCUUAUGGUGGGAAGGAACAUUCCAUUGAAAGUUUCGAACUUUUGACUUACAAAAAGAAGACAAUCAAACAAACAUUUCUUCCCGGGUUCGAACCCCGACUUGGUUAUAUGAGUUUUGCAGGAAACUUUAAUCCAGGAAACUGUGUUCCAACGCUACAGAGAAGGAGAAUAAUCGAACAAACAGGCUAUCCCCGCACCUCUACCACUACUCCAACGACAAUUGUAGCUUCACCGACCAGCAAUGCACCAAAUUUAGAAUGGAAACAAAUGACAUCAGCAUCAUCAAUGCCGAGCAAUGCAAUUCAGGGUGGUCGAGAAAGCAAUUACACAAUUUUAUAUGUUGGACGUUGUAUGCAUGAAGGUCAUUUGAUGCCUUGUAAAGUGAUUCCAAGUAGAAAAGUUGCUUGCGUAUCUUUCAAUGGUGUUGAAAUCGAGAAGAAAAAUUUUGAAAUUCUAGUUGGAUCCGUAAAUGGUCGUUGGGUCCCUUACAGUAAUGGGAAUGUGCCUGGAAAUGCAUUUGUUGGUGGUUACACAAAGCAGGGUGAGCUUUUUUAUGUCGGUCGAGUGUUAUUCAACAAUGCUAUGUUAGUUGGUCGCAUAAAUAAAUCACGUCAAUGCAUUUAUGUCUCAUCACAAGGCCGAGAAUAUUCAUUUUCCAAUUAUGAAGUUUUGAUGGACGAUUGAAUCCAUUCAGCAGUUUCAUUUAAUAAUAAUUUUAAAUUUGCAAUCAACAAUUGUUACAUAAUGAAGGGAAGAACUUCCUAGACGAUGAAUAAUAAAAAGAUUGUUCAAAUAUGAAACAA